ACUAAUACUGAGGUGUUAAUUAACAAAAUGACUGCUCUGUUUGAACAGUGAUGAACCCAGAAAACCUCGUUAGUCUUCUUAAACCUUUGAUUUUCUGCAAAAGCACAAAGCUUUGGAGAAGAAAACCCACAAAGACUGAAGCUUUAUAAAGAAAACCAAAAUGGGUAGCAUUAAUCAGAUAGCAUUGGGUUGCGGAAUAGCUACAGUUAGACUUCCAAUGGCGAAACCAUCAUGGGCCGUCGUCAGAGCCGAGCUUCCCAAAGCCCCUGAUCUCUAUGCUGAGCGCUCUGUUUCCAGAAGUGGGUCUUCCUCCUCUCACCGGCGUGACCUCGUUUUCGUCGUCAAUCCUUCAGGGGCUAAUGGGAGGACUGGUAAGGAGUGGAAGAAGCUGCUUCCUUAUUUGAGGUCUCGUCUUGGUGCUGAUUGCAAUAUAUGCGAGUCUUUAACAUCAGGUCCAUCUCAUGCAAUCGACAUAACACGGGAGGCUAUACGGGAGGGUGCAGAUGCUGUAAUCGUGGUGGGAGGAGAUGGAACUUUGCAUGAGGUUGUGAAUGGAUUCUUUUGGGCCGGAAAACCUGUUACUAAUUAUGAUAGAGAGGCCACCCAUUCAACUGCCCUCGGUCUCAUUCCAUUGGGAACUGGGUCCGAUUUUGCCAGAUCAUUUGGCUGGAAAAAUAAUCCUUAUGAAGCCAUCGAACGCAUAGCCAAAGGACAGAGAUCACGGAUAGAUGUUGGAGUUAUUAGUGGAGAAACUGAUGAACCUCAUUACUUUAUUAAUGUUGCUGACAUUCACUUGAGUGCAAAAGCAGGAUACCAUGCUUCUAAAUACAAGAGAUUCGGAAACUUGUGCUAUGUUAUUGGUGCUUUGAAAGGCUUUAUUGGGCACCGUAAUCAGGACCUUAAGAUCAAGGUCAAUGAAGGGGAGUGGGAAGUAUAUCCUCAAGUAACAGCCCUUUGCAUUGGAAAUGCAAAAUACUUUGGUGGUGGCAUGAAAAUUACACCAAAUGCUGAUCCUCAGAAUGGAAAAUUUGAGGUUGUGAUUCUUCAGGACUUCAAGUGGUAUGACUUCGUCUUGAAGCUACAUAAGUUGUACAAUGGGACUCAUCUAUCGGUGGAAAAUGUAUCAUCAAGAAGCGUACAUUCUAUUGAAGUGGAGGAGAUUUCAGGAAGUGGCAGCAUUUAUGUUCAAUCAGAUGGCGAACAUUUAGGAUUCCUGCCUAGAAAAUUUUGUAUAUUACCUUCUGCUGUUGAGAUGAUAUGUUGACAUAAUGCUGGAACUUGUGCUCGGUGCUUAUUGAAGAAUAGAGUUGGCAGAGGUAUCUUAGCAUCAGAACUGAUGCUGCAGAGAAAAUAGACUGGACAGUUCUUUCUCAUGGAAUAAAUCAAUCAGAUAGAGAGUUCAACAAACUACAAUAUACACACCAGUGCCUACAUAACUGAAGCCAAACAAACUAUGAUAGAGUUACAGAUCGAUUUAUCUGAUCAUCUAACUUCUAACAAACUUAUACAAACUCCAACAUAGUCAAAUUGAAGGUACUGACAUGUCGUCCAUGCUGGCUCUUCACACUUGAGCUGAGAAUAAGAGCUGGUAUUGACUUGAUACAUUUUGGUGUGAAUAAAUGUUAAACUGAAGUGCUCUGGUUUGCUUUACCAAGUCUUGGCCUAAUUUUCUCUGUUUUCCUCAAUCUGAAGGAAGAGGAUUUAUAAAACUCAUCACUUCGAUUUUUGUUGGUAGCUGUAACACAAUAGUUAGGAAACUCAGACAUAGGAAACUGAGUUUCCAAAGAUGGGAACUAUAAAAAGUGCAGUAAAUUUGGCUUGCAGUGAUGAACUUUACUUUCU